AUUACAAUAGGUCGCAUUGUAACACUUGUCUUUCAAUAUACUAUUCUUUUGUUUUGUGUUUUCUAUAAAUAAACCUAAGUGUUAACGUUCUGGUCAAGUUGCACAAUGCUUAUCACCUAGUAUUUAUGUUGAUAAGAAGAUAAUGAAUAAAUAAAAGCAAAAGUUGAUACACGAGGAAAUUUUAAAACCACAUUAUCCAUAGCGCGAUUACGUUAUUGUGAAAAAACAUGUUCUUCGAGGUGUGUUCCUUCAUUGUACUCGUUGCAUUCCUUGGAACUGUUUUCAUUCGAUGGCGAUAUACCUAUUGGAAAAGAAGAAACGUUUCCUACAUGUCGCCUACAUUUCCAUUUGGUAACUAUGACAGAGCAUAUCCAAUAGGAGUGUGGUUAAAAAUAUGUUACGAUGAGUUCAAGCGUCGUGAUCUGAAACAUGCCGGACUAUACAUUGGUUUAAGACCAGUUUACUUUCCAAUAGCAACCGACUUCAUCAAGAAUGUUCUGCAAAAUGAUUUCCAAUACUUUGUCAACCGCGGAACUUACAGUAAUCAAAAAUACGAUCCGUUAAGCGCACAUCUAUUUAACCUUGGUGGUCAAAUGUGGAGAGAGAUGCGUACGAAAUUAACGCCGACAUUUACCUCGGGGAAAAUGAAGAUGAUGUUUGACACCUUACUUCAGUGUACUACACCAAUGCAAGAAGUUGUAACCAGACAUUGUCUCGACGAAACACCAGUAAUGAUAAAAGAAGUUGUAUCACGAUUUACUACAGACGUCAUCGGUUCUUGCGCUUUUGGUUUGGAUUGUAAUAGUUUUAAAGAUGAGGACGCCCCGUUUCGUUACUACGGCCGAAAAAUAUUUGAGACAAAUAGAGCAUCGUACAUAUUAACCAGAGCACUUACCACAUGUUCUCCAGCUAUAGCCAGAACGCUGAGACAAUCUCUAUUCCCUAAAGAAACAACCAAUUUUUUCUUAAACGUUGUUAAAGAAACGAUCAAGUACCGGAAGCACGGUGACAUUCAGAGAAACGAUAUGUUGCAAAUUUUAAUUGAAUUGCAAAAAAAAGAUAAGGAAGGACAUCGAUUGUCCGUCGAGGAGAUGGCAGCACAAUGUUUCGUAUUCUUUAUCGCGGGAUUUGAAACAUCCUCCUCAGUUUCAACGUUCUGUUUGUACGAACUGGCAAAAAAUAUAGAAAUUCAACGUAAAGUUCGAGACGAAAUCGUAAAAGUUUUACAAAAGCAUCGUGGCCAAAUUAGCUAUGAAUCUCUUGCGGAUAUGAAGUACCUGGACCAAGUUAUAUAUGAAACAAUGAGGAUAUACCCAACGCUAGCAGCUGUAACACGCGAAUGUGUCAAGGACUAUCAUGUACCAGGUACUAACGUAAUAAUCGAGAAGAACACGCUAGUGUUACUGCCCACCUUAGGCUUACAUAAAGAUCCGUCAUAUUUCAAAGAUCCUGACCUAUUUGAUCCCGAACGAUUCUCUACAGAAAAUAUACACAACAGUAAUCCGUUUGUAUUCAUGCCGUUCGGACAAGGCCCUCGAAAUUGCAUAGGUAUGCGAUUUGGUAUGAUGCAAGUUAAAGUCGGUUUGACGUGUCUCAUGAGAGAUUUUUCAUUUUCUCUCAGCCCUAAAACCAAACCUCUUGUUUUUAAUAAAUACGCUUUGAUUACAAAUACACGGGAUCCAAUCUGGUUAGAUGUUAAAAAGAUAACAUAAAUACAGAUAUUGGUAACAAAAACACAAGAGGCGACCAAGCGUAGCUGUUACAAUUUGCCAAUGUUACACGAAUUGUUCUUAUUAAAACGUUAUUCAGUCCUGGUUCA